GUGUUAAAACAUCUAAACUUUAACUUUGCGCGACUCUAGAAUAAUGGCUAGCAUGCGACUUGAGGUUGUAUUCGAAGAUCAUACUCCACAUAAAUGGCGUGUUCCUUUGAAAGAAGACGUUUUUGGUGCAUUUAUGGCGAAAGGAGGUCCAGUCAUGCAUAAGGUUUUUGGUAAUAAAUCAUUGUUUGGACCAUUAUUGUUUAAGAAGUUCUUUGAUCCAUCAGACGCGUUUCCACUUUGGGAAUUUGAGCCGGGUGUGUUGUUGUCUGAUCUUCAGAACCCGUGUGUGGAUUGGUUUCAAACAGAAGCGUGUUAUGUCCUAAAAACCGAGCUACCAGAUAUAGAAAAAAGCAGCAUUAGAGUUUAUGUUGAGAAUGGGAAGGUUAUGGAGAUUAGUGGGCUAUGGAACCACAAAGGAGAAUCAAGAGCGUCACCGGACUGGCAAAGUGGCAAAUGGUGGGAACGAGGCUUCGUACGCAGGCUAGAAUUGCCUGAAAAUGUGGAUUGGAAGAAAACCGAGGCGCAUGUGAACAACGACACCAUUUUGGACAUCAGACUUCCCAAACUUCAACAGAAUGUGACAUAAGGGAAGGGUGAUCAAAGAUUCUACAUAUGCUAGCGCAUGAUAUCGACUCAAAGGUUUCCAGUGUUUGGUUUUUUAACAACUAUAUAAACAACUUGAGUGUGCAUUUCUAUAUGAAAAGAUAGUAAAGCCAUAUGGAUCUUGAAUCUUGAUGUCUUGUUACUUCCAUAGUUCCAUACAAUGAAGAAACAAUAGGAAAGUAUAUAAAAGAACAGACAAACCUAAAGUGGUCUAUGAACAUUCAAAGGAAAAUAUAUAUAUAUUUUUUUGUUGUUUGUU